UAAAUGAAUGAAUACAGGGGUGGGCGGAGACGGGGAGGGGCUGAAAGGGGUACGUCUCGGCCACCCCAAUAUAAAAACUCUAAUGUCACCGGGGGUGUAGCUCAUAUGGUAGGAAGGGGGUGCGACAAGAGAAAGGUACGGGCUCAACUCCAAACAAUGAUUUGAGAUGAAAUUUCACGCUCUUUCAUUAGAGAGAGAUCAAAGCUCAACUUACAUACUCUCAGAUAUUUGUUUGGUUGGUUUUGGGAGGUUCUCAUGGGUGGGGUGUCAUCCGUUUCUAAUGUCUAUAUAUAUAGGCAUAAAGCCAUAAAUAUUCUCAAUCCUUAAAAAAGAUGUUGACGUUCUAAGUUUUGACCUCUACAAAGUAAAAUUCUUAAGCCUCAAUCGUCAUAACAAUACAUUUUUGACUCUGCCCGUGAAUGAAUAUAUAGGUGAAGUUUAAUGUGGCUGAUUGUCAUGGAAGUGAUGGAAGUUGGAUCGUUGGUUUGUUAUUAAUGUUGGUAGCUUGGGUAUAUUCUAACUUUUUUGGACUUAUUUACUUGAAGAGAAAUGGGAAGCCCAUCAUGGGUCUAUGCACAAUAGUGUUCUUCGCCAUUUCAAGCUCCACAUUAGUUUUGGAAAUUGGAUUGGUUGGAUUUGGUCUAAAGGUGGUGCAUUAUAGUGGAGAGUGUGUGAUCAAAUACCCACGAUAUCUCGUCUAUGGAGCCAUUGCUUGCUUUGUUCAUGGUUUCAUUGCCUUUGUCGCCUCUUUCACCGCUUUUGAUAGGGUGCAGGAUCUUAUGUCUCGUGUGGGAAAAUAACACUUUGGAUGAAAAUGCAAAUAAUUAAACAACUUAUAAUAAUCUACUAUUUUAUAUAUCCAAUUAUUUAUUAUUAU